GCAUGCAGUGAGUAGCCUUCAUGUCUCAGUUGCUGGUGUAGUCGCAACCAUUGCGAGAGCGCACGCACACUUCCAAAAUAAUGGAAUCCAUAUCGUAAAUUAAUUAAACCGAGUAUAAUAAAAUAAAAACGAAAACAAAACGUAAGUGUCAGUGAAGUGAAUAAUUACCAAAAUGGCGGUGUUUCUAAUAUUAUUUACUGUUGCACUUAUAUGCAUUUACAUAUGGUUUCAAUACAAAUUCACGUAUUGGACAAGGAAGGGCCUGAGCGGUCCCAAACCCGCAUUCCCAUGGGGCAAUAUAGGCGACGUAAUCAAAGGAAAGAUUCAGUUUUUCCAGCCGUACUGCGACAUAUACUUUAAGUUCAAACAUUUGCCAUACGUCGGGAUGUACUCUUUCCAUCGGCCAAUAUUGUGUGUUAACGACUUGGAAAUAGCUAAACAUAUUCUGAUUAAAGAUUUUGAACACUUCCAAGGCCGGGGAACGUACUCGGGAGGGGUGGGCGAUCCUCUAGCAGAGAAUCUGUUCAACAUAUUUGGAAAACCGUGGAAAAGAUUGCGUCUGAAAAUGUCGCCUACAUUUUCUUCACGGAAGCUGAAGACUAUGUUCCCUUUCGUGGAAAGUAUCGCGAAUGAGGCGAGGAACUACGCGGACAUGUUGCACUCGAACGGUGAAGCGAUAAAUUUCACGGAGUUCUACGGCAGAUACGCUAUGGAAAUAAUCGCUAACAUCGGUUUCGGGGUGGAAUGCAACGGGAUAAACAAUCCAGAAUCAGAGUUUUUCAAUCGAGGCCGUGAGUACUUUGAAACCCGGUCCUGGUAUUGGACUUUAAUCCGUUCGUUCGCGUUCAUCGCUCCGGACGCGUUCGAUAAGUUGCGUAUAAAGCGGAUCAGCCCACGGGUAGCCAAUUUCUUCUACGGGCUGGUGAAACAGACGGUCGCCUACCGUGAGGAACAUGGUUAUAAGAGAAACGAUUUCUUGCAGACUCUCAUUGAAUUGAGGAAUGGACAGUUUGUUGAUGAAAAGGGUAACAUAAAGCAUAUCGAGGACUUUCCGUUCUCAAUGCAAGACGUGGCCGCUAACACUAUGGUGUACAUGAUAGCUGGCUACGAAACCUCCGCCACCACAGGCCAGUUCGCUGCGUACCAACUUGCCCAGAACCCACACAUCCAGGGCAGAGUGAGAGAGGAAAUCAACAAUGUCUUGGACAAAUACAACGGAGAGUGCACGUAUGAGGCCCAAAAUGAAAUGCACUACUUUAACAUGGUGCUAGAUGAAACGAUGAGAAUGUACCCGUCAAUGCGCGCCUUAUUCCGGCGAUGCAACAAGGAGUACACUAUUCCCAAUACGAAUAUAGUCAUAGAGAAGGGCACAUUGGUGUUCGUGCCGGUACAGGCGAUCCACAUGGACCCGGACUUGUUUCCGGAACCGGAGAAGUUCGACCCGGAACGGUUUACUCCAGAGAAGAAGGCGAAACUGCACCCUUGUCAGUGGAUGCCUUUUGGUGAAGGACCUCGGAAGUGUUUAGGUGUGAAACAAGGUUACAUCCAGUCGAAGAUGGCAUUAGUGAAAAUUCUGCAAAAAUAUGAGCUAUAUCUAGACAAACGGACAUCUGUGCCUGUGAAAGUAAAGCCUUCUUGCCUGGUCUGCUCGGCGGAAGGCGGGGUAUGGUUGCGGCUGAGGGAGAUCAACAACAACACGCAGAGCAAGCCUCCGCAGUGACUGUCACAAGUGAUGGUAGCAUGGCUGCUCUGCCGGUUCAAAGUCGGGAAUUUUCUAAAUUGAUAUAUUCAAGCGGAAUGCAUAAAAAGGAAAGUCUUACUUUAAUUACACCUUUUUUCUGACUACAAAACUAAAAUGGGCAGAAAAGUAGAUGUUGACUUAAAAAAAACAUUGUUCCCGGUUUUGAAGUCCUUUUUUAACCAUAUCACGAUGGGGUGUCUACGAAUUAGACUUGAUGUCCGAUAGGAAUCAAGAUGACGACGGUGGUGUGGCCUUGUGAUGCUAGGGAUAUUGGUGUGAAUGACGAAAUACGAUUAUUUUGUAACAAAUACAUAUGUACUGUAAUUUUUUAAUUUAUGCAAAUAGACUAAAUAAUAAUUUUAACCAA